GCUCGCUGUUUGUCUCCGGCUGUCUUGAAACAGGGCAUCUAGGUAUAACUCCCGUACCGUCUUCCUUCCUCUCCUUUCACGGCUCCGAUCCCACGGUAGCGAGCCCGACGGGGUGACAACCAGGUAUUACACCUAGAGGUACGUACUACCUACCGCAGACUUUGGCUCAGCUGGCUCUCCAGCCGUCCCGUCCCGUCACCUGGCUCACCGAGAUCACUUGGCUAAGCCUUAAGUGCGGUAAGGUAGCCUUGCAUCGACGGGGUUUCCACAUCUGCACCGCUUGCUGAUGGAGACUUGCGUUGGCUUCUUCACAGCCUAUUACCUCAUUCAUCAUACGAACAUCUGAAGCAGCUACACAAACACCUGCUUCUCCCAUGCACCUCGUCUCCUCUUCCUUGUCAUCCAAAUAGAGCAACUUUUCUACUUGGUCACCUCGACCUCGAAUUGAAUGAUUCUCCCGCUUCUUUGAUUUCCUUCCCACUGUUCGUUCCGUGAAGACGUAAAAGUCCUUUGACCGCACAAGUAUCAAGCCCCGACUUCGAUUCAUCGCCGAACGAGACUCGACUCAACAAACCGACGUUCUGGUACUUUCACGAAUUCGCGUUUCCCGGUAUCACCGGGAAUCAAGGCUGCUGUCAACAUGUUCGACAUCUUGCCCAACCUUCUCUCCUCUGUCGCCUCCUUCCUCUUUCCCGUUUACGCCAGUUACAAAGCUCUCAGGAGUUCAGAUCCCGCCCAGUUGACACCAUGGCUCAUGUACUGGGUCGUCAUCUCCUUCGUUGUCCUCGUUGAAUCGUGGGUUGGUUGGUUCUUGGUGUGGGUCCCCUUCUACGCCUUCAUGCGCUUUGUCUUCCUCCUCUACCUAGUCCUUCCCCAGACUCAGGGUGCCCGCGUCAUCUACCAGACCCACAUCGAGCCCUGGCUGGAGGCCAACGAAGGACAAAUCGAGGACUUCAUCGCCUCGGCCCACGAGCGUCUCAAGGCCGCCGGCCUUGCCUACCUCAAGCAAGCCAUCGAAUACGUCAAGACCCAAGUCCUCGGCAUGCCUCCUACACCGCCCGAGCCCGCGUCGGCCUCCUACGGCGGUGGCGCUGGCGCCUCUCAGACUGCGCAGUCCUAUACCCAAUCCCUCCUCGCCCGGUUCAACGUACCGUCUGCUCGCCCAGGUGGCGCUAACAACGCCCCGGGUGGCGCCCUUGGAACCGACUUCUAUAGCUUCCUGUCCUCGGCGGUGACCGCCGCCAGCAACGCUUACUCGAACAAGGGUUCCGGCACCCAAUUCGACCGCGACGUCACCCCCACCCCGGGCACCGGAGGCGGAGCUUCCAGCCUCGUUCCCGAGAGCAUUCGCGGCGUGGACGCCCGCAUCUCCUUUAUCGAAGCCCAGCGCGAACGUCUCAACACGGUCCUCAACGCGCUCGACCGCGAGGCAUCUCAACUCCAGAACAACCCGCAGCAGAGCGGUGUGCCGGGCUUCAGCUUCGACGGCGCCGAUAUUGGACUCACUUCAAGUGCUGGCAACCCUUGGCAAGGUUCAAACUCCCGCAGCGGUAAGAACUCGCGCUCCAUGAGCGAGCACAGCAGUGUGAGUGGGGGUGGGCUGAGCCGCAACCGGUCCGAGGCGGACUUUGAGAAGCUCGAGGCCGAGAGCGGCGAGGAGGAGAUUAUGGAUGACAAUGGGAGGAGGGUGAGGCAUAGGCCGGCGCCGAAUGCUCAGGGAAGCAGCGGUUGGUUCGGUUGGGGUGCUGGUGGUGCCGAUGACGCUGCUGCUGCUAAGAGCACUGGGGUUGAUAAGUAGGCGACGAUGACAACGACGGCAUCUGGUAUGCUGGUUUUUGCUACGACCUUCAAGUCAAGUGUGCAUAAAACUGCCGGGACAAAGAGUUACGCAUGGUAAUCCCAAGGAUACAGUCAUCCUGGACUGGGUUACAACGUCAGGUUUACCACUGGACGUUGGAGGUUGCCUGAGGAAAGCUCGGAAACGGAGUUGGGCCUCAGAAUUUACUGUACACGCAGUAGGCAAGGCUCUCGGUGUACCAGAUAUGAGAACGCCAUCCAAGCCACCCACCAACUUCACAACUGAUCCCGCUGGGGACAGGCCCGCUUUCAUUAGAGGUUAACCCUCAUUCCCAUGUGAACUUUGUCUUUUGCUCCUUGUUGCCUGUUGGCAGUCAUGUUUGCUCAGUGCCAUUGUGUGUAUUUGGGCCCUUGUACGUACCAGUGACACACGGGCUGAAGUCCUGCAACCUGCAUAGCGAAAUAUCAGCGUGCGAGACAUGUACUUGAGGGUUGGAAGUACAUACUCAAAGCGCCGAGGAAGUGCAGGGUAGGCUAGUGGAUGUAGUGUUAGGUAGUCGAGUUGCUCCAUUCGUUGCGCUCUGCCGUAUUUCACAGACAAUCAAGAACGGAAGCUCCGAACAGAGUGCCUUAUGAAGAACAGCGGCUGAAGUGCAAAUCAAACUUCAACGUCAAGCAAAUCCAAUAAUGCGAAAACCG